AUGUUUCCAGGAUGCCUCGAGGUGUUUCCAAGGAGCCUCGAGUGGUUUUUCCAGGAGCCUCGAGUGUUUUCCCCCAGGGACAUGAAAAGAGGAGGCCCCGAGUCUGUUCCCAAGGAGCAUACGAGUGGUUUCUCCACCAAAGCCCCCGAUGUUUCCCAAGGAGCCUCGAGUGUUUUCGCAGGAGCCUACAGUGCUUCCCUGGAAGCCCCGAAUGUUUCCAAGAGCUUCGAGUUUUUCGGCGUCGAGCCUCGAUGUUUCCCAGGAGGCCCCGAUUGGUUUCAAGGAGCCGUUCAGUGUUUCCCAGGAGCGCCGAGUGCGAUUCUCAAGAAGCCCCUACCCGAGUGGAUUCCCAGGAGCCUCAGAGUGUUUUUCCCAAGAGCCCCGAGUGUUUUCCCUGAACCUCGAAUGUUUUCCCAGAGCCCUCGAGUGUUUUCGCAGAAGCCUGCCGAAUGUUUCCCCCUGGAGCCUCGAGUGUUUCCCAGGAGCCCUCGAGUGUCUUUCCAGAAGCCUCGAGAAUAUAUUCCCAGAGCCUCGAAGUUUUUCCCUGGAGCCUCGAGUAUUCCCAAGAGCCCCCGAGUUUUUCCCAGGAACCUCGAAUGUUUCGAGCAGGAGCCCUCGAGUGUUUUUCGCAGAAGCCUCGAAUGUUUUCCCUGGAUCCCUCGGAGUGUUUCCCAGGACGCCGCGAGUGCAUUGCAGAAGCCUCGAAUGUUUCCCAGGAGCCUCGAGUGUUUCCCUAGACCAGGACUGUUGAUGAACAUACCCAGAGAGCCUCGAAGUGUUUCCCAGGAAGACACCGAGUGUUUCCGCAGAGCCCCGAUGUUUCCCAGAGCCUCGAGUGUUUCCAGGAGCCUCGAGUGUUUCCCAGGAACCCGCGAGUGUUUUCCAGGAGCCCGAAGUGCCUCGAGUGCUUCCACAGGAGACCCGAGUGCUUCCCCGGAGCUCCCGAGUGCUUCCCAGGAAGCCGCGAAGUGGUGUUUCCCAGGAGCCUCGAGUGUUUUCCAGGAGCCCCGAGUGAUUCUCAGGAGCCCCGAGUGUUUCCCAGGAGCCUCGAGUGUUUCCCAGGAGCCCCGAGUGUUUCCCAGGAACCUCGAAUGUUUCGCAGGAGCCUCGAGUGUUUCGCAGAAGCCUCGAAUGUUUCCCAGGAGCCUCGAGUGUUUGCCAGGAGCACCGAGUGUUUCGCAGAAGCCUCGAAUGUUUCCCAGGAGCCUCGAGUGUUUCCCAGGAGCCCCGACUGUUUCCCAGGAGCCUCGAGUGUUUCCCAGGAGACCCGAGUGUUUCCCAGGAGCCCCGAGUGUUUCCCAGGAGCCUCGAGGGUUUCCCAGGAGCCUCGAGUGUUUCCCAGGAGCCCGAGUGUUUCCCAGGAGCCCCAAGUGUUUCCCAGGAGCCUCGAGUGUUUUCCAGGAGCCCCGAGUGUUUCCCAGGAGCCUCGAGUGUUUCUCAGAAGCCCCGAGUGUUUUCCAGGAGCUCCGAGUGUUUCUCAGGAGCCCCGAGUGUUUCCCAGGAGCCCCGAGUGUUUUCCAGGAGUCUCGAGCGUUUUCUAGGAGCCUCGAGUGUUUUCCAGGAGCCCUGAGUGUUUUCCAGGAGCCCCGAGUGUUUUCCAGGAGCCUCGAGCGUUUUCCAGGAGCCUCGAGCGUUUUCCAGGAGCCUCGAGUGUUUUCCAGGAGCCCCGAGUGUUUCCCAGGAGCCUCGAGUGUUUCUCAGGAGCCCCGAGUGUUUUCCAGGAGCCCCGAGUGUUUCUCAGGAGCCCGAGUGUUUCCCAGGAGCCCCGAGUGUUUCCCAGGAGCCCCGAGUGUUUCCCAGGAGCCCCGAGUGCUUCCCAGGAGCCCCGAGUGCUUCCCAGGAGCCCCGAGUGUUUCCCAGGAGCCCCGAGUGUUUCCAGGGAGCCCCGAGUGCUUCCCAGGAGCCCCGAAUGCUUCCCAGGAGCCCCGAGUGCUUCACAGGAGCCCCGAGUGCUUCACAGGAGCCCCGAGUGCUUCCCAGGAGCCCCGAGUGCUUCCUAGGAGCCCCGAGUGCUUCCCAGGAGCCCCGAGUGCUUCCCAGGUAUAUCCAAAUCUGUGUAUGUGUCCGCUGCCCUACAAACCGGAGGAGUGUUACCUUCCUCUCCACGACAACAAGAGCAUCGUCCGCUGUACUAUACAAGCUACUGGGACAGACAGUUUGCACCCAUUAAAAGACCAGAGAACCAAAAGGGAAGACAAAAGCUUACUGGAAGCAUCCAGGAAGACGAGAGGUGGCGAAGGUGGGAAUACUGAGGUCGACAUGCCUAUGCUAAAAGUCAGUGAGGGUGAAUUGGACAUAAGUAGAGCGUCGAGCGAAGUGGAAGAAAGUGGAUGUGAAACGUGUCAACAAGCUAGUGUAAAAGGAAUCAGUAGUGUGGAUAGGAGAAAUGGAAAAGAGGAUCUGCUUAGGGACAAAUGGAAGACUGUCACAGCAAUGAGAGACACAAGAAGCAUAGUGUUAAACUCAACGUACGGAAGGAAUAACAAACAGGAAAUAAAGAGAGCUACAAAUGCUACAAUUCCAGUCUUGGAAGCAAAUUCAAGUCAACUUUUCCCAAGUUUAGCUGUUGUACCUCACUCACUGAUCACCUUUGCAGCAGCCCAUACCAAGUGUCACUGCACGACCAAGAGCCACAAAGAAAAACUAACAGGCAAGCAGCACUUAGAUAAGUUACUCUUCACGCAUUAUAAGCCUUCAAGCAGCUGGCUAGUCAGCCAGAAUAGAAAUAUGUCAUUAAGAGGAAACAGCAAGUUUUAUAAACGUUUGAAAAGUAACCGAAAAGUGCAGGAACAUUCACUUGUUUUAGCCAUGCAUCAAAAUAUAAAAAUAAACAACAGUAAAAAUUGUAGCUUAAAAGAAACAGAAAUAAUUAAUAAACAGUUGAACGAUGCUGGGUAUCACAUCUUCGUUGAUUCAAAACAGUCUACGAAAUUCUCAAAAAUAAGUAGUUUUCCUAAUAAUACUGAAGCAGAAAUUAUUAAAUACUUAACUAGAAAAUGCAAAUAUGGGGAAAUGCUAGAGGAAACAAGAGAAGGCUUCACAAUAGGUCCCUUAAUGGCGGCUUUACUAGUAAAAUCCGGGUACCAGAGUUUUAUGAGAGGAAAGAAACAUAAUAGAAGGAAUUUAAGACUAUGUGGGACAUGUUGCAGAAGGAAGAGGCGUGAGCUAACUUUACGGGCUGUGAAAACCACCUGGCACCAAACCAAAAUUACAAAACUCUCUGAAGAUGUUGAUAGCUUUGGCGUCGACGAUGAUGGAGAAUUUAUGAGGGAACAGGAUAAGGGUAAGCAGAAGGAAGAGGUUAAGGAGAACUUACGUCUCAAAAACGUUGAUAUGAAACUAGGACGAUGGAGAGGGAGAGGCAAUAAAGAGGGUGAUGUGAAACAACCAUCUGACGUCACAUUCCCAAACGAUAAUGUGACGAGGUACGAUCACCACGACAUCCACGGCAGCUACCACAAGACUCUGCACGACAACCACAAAGCGAGGAAUUAUAGUCAGAAGACUAGGAGCUACCCGGAGAGAAAGAUUACAGUGAGGAUCCGGAAGCCAUCAAGUAACGACCGAAGUCUCUUAGCCUACAACCAGAAAAGAGGUGAUUUCAACCAGGGGACAACCACCAACAACCACCAGCCCUCAGGGUACGCUCAUGGACAAACGAAAUAUGACCACAAGACUUGGGGCUACGACGACGCAGCAAUGGCAGAGCUGCUUGAUCUGUGUUACUGCGAGAUGAACACGCAGCUCAAGUGCUUGGACACAGGCUUCCACCAUAUACCCAGACGCAUCGUCGGUGGAGUAACACUGUUGAGCAUUAAGGGGAGUGAGAUCGUGAGUCUGGAUGCAGCAUCACUGGCACAAUACUCAACAUUAACAACACUGUCACUCGAGGAAAAUCUUCUGGAAGCUCUUCCUUCUGGUGUAUUUUCCAGUCAGUCGUCACUUGAGAACUUAUAUCUGUCAAAGAACUCCAUAAAAGAGAUUCACCAUCAGAGCUGUCAAGGCCUGGGAAGACUUCAGCGACUUUUUCUAGACAGGAACAGACUCGUCCAUAUUGACCUGACUUGCUUCCUUCACACCCCCGUUCUUCAGGAACUGUACUUGGCCCAUAAUCAACUGACGCUGGAGCAGCAAACGUUCCCUCGUUUGCCCAAACUCACUAACUUGUACCUGAACAACAAUUCCCUGACCACCAUCACUGAGGACCUCCUGGCCAACCUCACAGCUCUGACGACUCUACAACUACAGGACAACAAGAUCACAGUGGUGGCUCCGGCGGCCUUCAGCAGCCUCACUAGCCUUCAGUCACUUAGUAUGUCUGGCAAUCUACUGACCUCGGUGAGGGAUCUCUUCCGUGGACUAAAAUCACUUCACAUGUUGUAA